AUGAGAAUUAUUUCAGUUAUAAAAGGGUUCAUCCCACAUUAUCGAGACAUUGAUGAAGAUUUUUUCAUUAACCAAGAACAUAGCACUAUUGAAACUAUUUCCCAAACAGAUCAAAGCGAAACGGUAGUAACCAGUAAAGAAACCUGGAAGAUAAACGAACAAGAACAAACUGAGGCUCAGAAGGAAAUUCAAUAUGAAAUUCGAGAUGAAGCAAGUCGAAAGUGGUGGUCAAUGUUUAAUGAGUACGAAUAUAAACCAAAAGAAGAAAGCAGAUCCAACAACAAAUGGUAUCACUGGUUUAAUGAAAGUGAUUCAGUUAAAGAGCGUCGCCUUAUUAUGAAGCUUGAUUUGAUUCUUUGUUUGUUUUCUUUUACAAUGUACUGGGUUAAAUAUUUGGAUCAAUCUAAUAUCAAUAACGCCUACGUUUCUGGAAUGAAAGAGGAUUUGAAAAUGAAAGGGAACGAUUUGAUUAAUACUACCUCUUUAUAUACUGUGGGCACAAUUUUAUUCCAAAUCCCAAUGAUGUUUUUAAUUCACAGAUAUCCAACACACAUUAUUCUUCCUAUUAUGGAUCUUGGAUGGGGUUUUUUUACUCUUGCUCUUUAUCGCUCUAACACCCUGGGACAAUUGAAAGGUUACAGAUUUUUUGUGGGUGUUUUUGAAUCCGCUUUUUAUCCAACUAUUCAUUAUCUUCUUGGUUCAUGGUAUAAGCCUUCUGAAUACGCUCGACGUGCAGGCGUUUUUUAUUUCGGUAAAAUGUUAGGCUUAUGCACUGCUGGCUUGAUUAUGAGUUCAUGUGUGAGACUUGAUGGAGUUCAUGGAAUUGCAGGUUGGAGAUGGAUGUUUAUUAUUGAUGCGAUUAUUACUAUGCCAAUUGCAAUUAUUGGGUUUUUUGUGAUUCCGGGUACACCUCAUAAGUGUUAUUCAAUAAUUCUUACGGAUGAGGAUAUAUUUAUUGCUAGAAAACGAUUGAAGGAUGCAAAUAUUUCCAUUGAGUCUGAAGGUCCAAAAUUUUUCUCUGUUGGCUUAUGGAAAAAAAUGUUCACUAACUGGAAGUGGUAUAUGUUUGUGCUCCUAAAUAUUUUGGUUGCAAAUUGCUCUAACACGUCUUCUGGAUCUUUUAUUCUCUGGCUGAAAUCACUUAACAAGUAUUCCGUUUCAAAACUUAAUGAGCUAUCAUCAGUUACACCAGCCUUGGGUAUAGUUUGGAUAUUUUUAGUUACUUCAUUCUCUGAUCAGUUUAGAAGUCGUUGGGGUGCAAUUUUUAUUUCCCAAUUCUUUAACUUUUUUUGCAACAUUUUACUUGCUAUUUGGGAUAUUCCUUAUAGUUUAAAAUGGUUUGCAUUUUGCUUGCAGUGCUUUGGGUGGGCUGCGUCUUCAGUUCUUUACUCAUGGGCCGCCGAUGCAAUGAGACACGAUCCACAGGAAAGAGCCAUCACUGUUGUAACAAUGAGUCUUAUCGGAUCAGCUUCAUCAGCAGGACUUAAUGUUUUGGUAUGGAAAACUUCAGAAGCUCCAAGAUUCUUUAAAGGUUAUGUCUUUACUUGUGCAGUUGCUGUUUCAAUGGUUAUAGUUGCAACAAUAAUACUGCCUCUUUACAAGAAGGACGAGAGAAAGCACGCAACUGAAAAUGGUAUUUUACUAUAUAACUCUGCAAAAGGUGAGGUUCCUCCCACUUUGCCAAAUUAA